AUGGAAGAUACUUCAGAAGUUGAGAGUACUUACACCACUGUGUGCAAAUCCUUCGAGGAUAUGCGCCUGCAGGAAAAUCUUCUCCGGGGAAUUUUCGCGUACGGUUUUGAGAAGCCCUCUGCGAUCCAACAGCGGGCUAUCGUACCCACCAUUGAAGGUCGUGACGUCAUCGCCCAGGCUCAGUCGGGUACAGGAAAAACAGCCACCUUUAGCAUUGGACUCCUGCAGAAAAUCGAUACAACCGUGCCGUAUUGUCAAGCCUUGGUCCUCGCACCAACUCGCGAGCUGGCUAAACAAAUUCAAAAGGUGGUUCUUGCUCUUGGGGACUAUAUGGACGUCUCGUGUCAUGUCUGUAUCGGUGGCACCCAAGUCAACGCAGAUAUUGAGAAGCUGCGAGCCGGCCAGCAUGUACUGGUUGGAACUCCGGGUAGGGUUCUGGACCUUCUUCACCGCGGAGUUCUGCAGUCAAAUCACAUCCGCGUUUUUGUUCUGGAUGAAGCCGACGAGAUGCUCAGCCUUGGCUUUAAAGAUCAGAUCCAGGAGAUUGUCGGUGCCAUGCCCAGCAGUGUUCAGGUGAGUCUUGAGAACCCUCUCCUGGUAUCUUCUCUUUCGCCGCAGGCGUUUUAA